AUUCAUACCGUACCUGUUCUCUUCAACAGCCCAGAGGAACCUGGGAGUCCCCAUGCGUCACGCGGAGCGACACCCUGCGGGACAACCGUAUGAGAACCGGUGUGUAGAAAAAUAUUGACUGCGUGGAAAAAUAUUGAAACGUGACCUCACAUUGGGCAUGGCGAGAGCAGGGCCUUUGAAGACGACGAGUGCUUGGUGGUGAUGGAACACAACGCCAACUCGUCAGACACCAGAGCUAGACCUCCAGGCCUCAGUCUGGUCACGGUCCAGAUGGAGCCCACGUGCGAGGCCGCCCGCUCGGUCACUGUGGAGACCUACCCCGAGCCUGUCGUGGACACCCAGAUUGACCACGGUGAGGAGGAGGAGACCGACGGCGAGGAGAAAGCAAGCAGUCCCCACAGUGCUCCCAGUUUGCAGUUGACUGAAGAGGAGUGGCCCAGCAUGGCGGCGGACAACCAGAGCCUGUGCCAGGACACCCUGCCUCCCCCGUCAUCCUUCCCCACCCCUUCCCCACCCGAUACGGGCCUGCGAUCCUCACUCACCCUGCGGGGGGCUGAGGCUCUGGCGGCCCCCCUUCACCACAGCCUCAGCGUGUCGCAUGGGGGCGCCCCCUUGAUGAUCUCGCACCACGUCUCGGUGGGACACGCCACAGUGUCGGUGGACGUUCAUUUUUACCCAACGGCUGCCACCAUGGUGGGGGCAGGCGCAAGCGCCGCCACUUCUACGUUGGAUAACAAGCAGGAGAACGAUAAGGGCAGACUCCAUCAGAGCAAAUGA